UGUCAUACGCAUGCGCAAAGCAGCACAAGCUACCACAUUCCCCGCUUCUCCUCGUAGCUUCCUUCUCACAUAAGCAAACAUCCAAGAGCAAGCCCUUAAUGUGUUCAAUUGUCGUGUGGAUUACAUACACGCGAAUUUAUCUUAUUAAUUUGUACGAGGAGUAGCGAUCCGGUCGCGAAGUUGCUUUGAAUCCCCAAUUGUGUACAGUAGAUGCUGGUUUCUUCACCAUGGCAACAGAAGACAAAAAGCCAGAGACUGAUACAAAACCCCCAGUUGUGCCCUCAGCCUCUGCCAGUCAAAGCAAGUCUGCACCUGCCAAACCAAACUACAGCCUGAAAUUCACAUUAGCUGGUCACACUAAAGCGGUGUCUUCAGUCAAAUUCAGUCCCAGUGGAGAAUGGCUCGCCAGUUCAUCUGCUGAUAAACUCAUCAAAAUCUGGGGAGCAUAUGAUGGAAAGUUUGAGAAGACCAUAUCUGGACAUAAACUUGGCAUAUCUGAUGUGGCCUGGUCGUCAGACUCCAACCUCCUGGUCUCUGCAUCAGAUGACAAAACACUGAAGAUCUGGGAUGUGAGCUCUGGAAAAUGCCUCAAAACUCUAAAAGGUCACAGCAACUACGUCUUCUGCUGCAACUUUAACCCCCAGUCCAACCUUAUUGUCUCAGGAUCGUUUGACGAGAGCGUGAGGAUAUGGGAUGUGAAGACUGGCAAAUGUUUAAAAACCUUGCCAGCUCAUUCUGACCCCGUCUCUGCUGUUCACUUCAACAGGGACGGCUCCUUGAUUGUGUCCAGUAGUUAUGAUGGACUUUGCCGAAUUUGGGACACAGCAUCAGGACAGUGUUUAAAGACACUCAUUGACGAUGACAACCCUCCUGUGUCAUUUGUGAAGUUUUCCCCCAAUGGAAAGUACAUCCUAGCUGCUACGCUGGACAACACGCUGAAACUUUGGGACUACAGCAAAGGAAAGUGCUUAAAAACGUACACGGGCCAUAAAAAUGAGAAGUACUGCAUAUUUGCUAAUUUCUCAGUCACCGGUGGAAAGUGGAUCGUGUCUGGCUCUGAGGACAACAUGGUUUACAUCUGGAAUCUGCAGACGAAGGAGAUCGUCCAGAAACUUCAGGGCCACACAGACGUCGUCAUUUCGACCGCCUGCCACCCAACAGAGAACAUCAUCGCAUCUGCAGCUUUAGAAAAUGACAAAACCAUCAAGUUAUGGAAAAGCGACUGCUAAGACCGAGUGAAUCUGUCCAACCAUUCAUAUUUUCUUUUAUAGUUUGAUUGUCCUCCCCCAUUCCUUUUUGUUAUAAAAGACUUUUUUCUGCUGGAUGCAGACGGCUUUAAGGUAAUAAAAUUCACCCACCAACAGCCAAAUAACGCACAUCAGUAGUGCUUCUCAUCACAUCAAAGUCUCCAACUGCCUGUUAAUGUGCCAGAUUUGGUUCCUGUGGUGCCAUAAUUCUGGUGCGUCCGUAUUUUUGACACAACUCUAACCUUGAUGUCGGUCACAACACACGUCUUCAGCCUUGUACAAUAAAUGUAAUGGUUAUUUGGCCUUCUUUGUCUUAUAAUUGCUUGUGUAUUGUAUAGUAGCAUCCAAGCUUUGGUUAACAACCUAGUCUUUUGUCUGAUGGUAACGUUGUUGAAGCGAUCACUUUAUCAUUUAAACCCCACUAAAUGUCAGAACCCAGAGUGCUGUGUGCCAUAAGAAGGAAUUUUCCAAUUUUGUAAUGAUUCAGUCCUAAUUUUGAGCAACGAACCAGGACGUGACUUAAGUGUGAGCAAACCUCCACCACAGAUAAGGACAGUGUGUUUAGCCGCUACUUUUAAAAUAAAGUGACUAAAUGCAGCUUGUGUUCUAGGAUUUGUAUAUAUGUCACACAUUGUGUUUUUUUUUCAUGCUUUGCUUUUGCUUGAUUAGUUCAUAGUUGUGCGCACAAACCCGACAGCGUCUGUUCUCUGUACUUAACCUGGACUUUGUGGAGUUUGUGUUUGUCUUCGGCGGCUGCGACCUGCAAAUUCUUAAUAAAAGAUGUUUUUGUAUGUUUUACAUUAU